AUGUCUGAAGAAGUGACCUACGCGACGUUCACAAUACAGAAUUCGGCAGAAGCAGGAAAUAACGAGGGUCCAAAUCUAAGAAAGAGAGGGGACCAAACUCCAUCCACUGUAUGGCGCUGGGCUGUCCUGAGUCUGAUAACCCUUUGCCUGUUGCUGUUGACUGGGCUGGUGACCUUGGGGAUUUUGUAUUUGCAGACAUCGAAUAACAUUGACUUGGAUCCCGAGGAAUUGAGUUCAUUUCAGAAAACUACCCACCAACAGCUGGAUAACUCCUCCCCGCAGCUGAGCAACUACAGCUUUCCCAUGGAGGAAGACUUUCUCAAAUCACAGAUCUCCAAUCUGUUGAAGAAGCAGGAGCUAAUGGCCACCAAAUUCUGUCAGCAGCUUGUCAUUCAAAAGUCAGACCACAAAUGUAAUCCUUGUCCUAAAAUGUGGCAAUGGCACCAAAACAGCUGCUAUUAUUUUCAAAGUAAUGAAGAGAAAACCUGGAUUAAUAGUAGACAAGACUGCAUGGAUAAGAACUCCACCUUGCUGAUGAUAGACAGCUUGGAAGAAAAGGAUUUUCUCAGGUCUCAGUUGUUCCCCAAGUUGUCUUUCUUCUGGCUGGGAUUAUCGUGGAACCCAUAUGGCAGAAGUUGGCUGUGGGAGGAUGGUUUUUCUCCUUCUGAGUCCUUAUUCAGUACUAAUGAACUUGCCCACAUCAAUGGAUCCAAAGGAUGUGCUUACUUUCAGAAAGAAAAUAUUUAUGCUUCCCGCUGCAGUGCUGAAAUUUCUUGGGUUUGUGAGAAGACAGCUGCAUUGGUAAAGAUCGAAGAUUUGAAUUAAUUUAUUUCUUCCAAAUGCACCGAGAACUAAGAGAUUGUGUUCAGGACUAUGUGAAGAACGAGUAAGCUGUUAUGCUGGAGCCCAAAUGUCACCAAAAGAGUUACUUUGCAUUUAAACUAUUACCCAAGUGAAUUUGCUUAAGAGAAUAGUCUCCCCUUCCUUGGUUGUAGCUUCUUUCUUUGAUCCUCUUAUUAUUCAGUCUUUAAAUGAUCUCCUGUGCCUUAAGAUUAGCUGAAAUGUCGUCCUACCAUUCUGUCUCAGAAUUAAUCUGUUGAAUUGCCUAUUCUAUAAAAUAUAUGUAUCAUAUACAAUAUUAUUUUCUCUAUGUGUUAUUCCAUAAUCAUAUGUGACAAGAUUAAUAUUAAAUACUUAAAAACCAGACUGACACUGUAAGGUCCAGAACAACCUUGUUGUAAUAGUUGAUUAGUCAUGUGGAGAUAAAGGAUCCCAGGGUAAGAACCAUGUCACUGGGCUGGGGAGCAGUGCUACACCAACUGGUUUGGAAAUACCUUUUUAUCUUAGCACUUGAUUUAGAUGUGUUGCUGCAUAUCAGCUAAAUAUCAGUCUGCCUAUGUCUCUCCAUCAUUAUAAAAUGACAUUUUGUUAACUGAUCUUUUUAAAUCUAGGUAAUUUGUAACCAAGUGGAAUAACCCAGAAAACUGAACCCAGUACUAUCCAGUUGAUUCUGACACCUAAUGACUGUAAACAGGGAUUUCAAGGCUAUAA